AUGGAGCAGUACAGUGCCGCUGCAUACUGUCCAAGUAACAACAAUUCUCCUGGAGACAAGGUCACUUGCUCGUCUGGGAACUGUCCACUCGUUCAAUCUGCAAAGACGAAAACUGUCACCGAAUUCGAGAACUCCCUCAGAACAGAUGUCACCGGCUUCGUCGCCGUAGACAGCACCAACAGCCUCGUCAUCGUGUCCUUCCGAGGCUCAGCCUCGAUCCAAAACUGGAUCGCCAACUUCGACAUUGCAGCCGUGAAUACCGACCUCUGCACCGGCUGCACCGCACACAGUGGGUUCUGGAACUCGUGGCUCGAAGCUCGAGACGGAGUACUCGCCGCCGUCAAGUCCGCAUCGCAAGCUAAUCCUAAGUAUAAAAUUGUCGCCACGGGCCACUCCCUUGGCGGCGCCAUCGCGUCUCUUGCUGCAGCACAACUGCGUAACUCUGGAUAUACGGUGGCACUGUAUACCUUCGGAUCCCCCAGAAUCGCAAGCCCUAAGCUGAGCGACUAUAUCACGAACCAACCGGGUGGAAACUACCGCAUCACCCAUUGGAACGAUCCUGUUCCGCGCCUUCCUCCAAUUUCGUUUAACUUUGUGCACAUCAGUCCCGAGUAUUAUAUCAACAAAGCGAAUUUGCAGACUGUCGCGGCUACUGAUAUCAAGACAUAUACGGGAAAUGUUAACUAUAAUGGGAAUACGGCGUGGAUUCUGACGGAUAUUGGUGCGCAUCUGUGGUAUUUAAAUAGUAUUGCGAAGUGCUCAGUCGAUGGGUUGCUUAAUGGGAGAGAGACUGGGGGAGAUGUGGAGGUCGUUGCCAAGUUUUGA